UGGUCAUUUACUAAGGCAGUUCUGCUGUGUUCUGGCGGAUGUUCAUGGCCUCUCCACCUACCUGAAGGGAAACAGUCUGCAGGGCAGUGUGUGUUCUGUCACCAUGGGUUUUUUUUCCUGCCUUCGGACUCAGGGUUUACAGCUCUGCGAGUAGCUGCUCCGUGACAGCAUCGCUCUGCAGUCACAGGCCCACCGCCUGCCUGUAAGGAACCCCAUCUGGGAGACGGGAAGCUGCGGUGCACUCAGAAGAGAAUGGAAGGCCUUCAGAAGAGCACAUAUGGAACUAUAGUUGAAGGGACUCUGUGAAAGUCAAAAGUCACCUAAAUUUAUAGCCAAACAGUUAGGAGCAUGGAGUUAUGCCUGUUUUCCUGGGAUGGAGGACCAUGGCUUUGAGGAACUAUCCACAAGGACCCAUGACCUCAACGUCAGAAGACUCACUAAGGGAAACAUAAACUUUCUCUUGUCUACAGGACAAGAAACCUACAGUGUAGAAGACUCUGGCCUCCUGAGGAUCCUCCUGGUGGGUAAAUCUGGCUGCGGAAAAAGUGCCACAGGGAACAGCAUUCUCCGCAGACCAGCGUUCGAGUCCAGGCUCAGAGGCCAGUCUGUGACCAGGACCAGUCAGGCAGAGAUGGGCACAUGGGAGGGAAGGAGCUUCCUAGUGGUGGACACGCCCCCCAUCUUCGAGUCAAAGAUCCAGAACCAAGACAUGGACAAGGACAUUGGGAACUGCUACCUGAUGUGUGCCCCAGGACCCCAUGUGUUGUUGCUGGUGACCCAACUGGGACGCUACACAGUCGAAGAUGCCAUGGCUGUGAGGAUGGUGAAGCAGAUCUUUGGGGUAGGGGUCAUGAGGUACAUGAUUGUCCUCUUCACCCACAAGGAAGACCUGGCAGAUGAGUCCUUGGAAGAGUUUGUGACCCACACAGGCAACCUCGACCUGCACAGACUGGUUCAGGAGUGUGGGAGGAGGUACUGUGCCUUUAAUAACAAGGCUUCUGGGGAGGAGCAGCAGGGGCAGCUGGCAGAGCUCAUGGCCCUGGUGAGAAGACUGGAACAGGAGCAUGAGGGCUCCUUCCACAGCAAUGACCUCUUCGUUUAUACUCAGGUGUUCCUUAGAGGUGGCUACAGUGAACACCAGGAGCCAUACAAGUUCUACCUGACCAAGGUGAGGCAGGAGGUAGAGAAGCAGAAGAGGGAGCUGGAGGAGCAGGAGGGCAGCUGGAUGGCUAAAAUGCUUUGCAGAGUCACGUCCUGCUUGGACUGGCACAUUGCAGUGUCUGUUCUUCUUAUUGUUCUUGGUCUGACCCUUCUCAUCACUUUAAUUAAUAUGUACAUUGGCAGGUGGAAAUGAGUCUCUUUGGGUGAAUCCUGCCAUUAUCCCUGUCCACCAAAUUUCCCCAUCUCCAUGUUAGGGAAGCUCAGUCUUCAAAUAAUUUCACUAUCAUUUGACUCCUGUGCAUGAGACACAGUAGAACCCUUCUAAAUACCGUUAAGUAAAUAAAAUAUGAAAGAAGAA